GUUCAGACUGCUAUGUCAGUCCAUUAUAGCCCACAAACUCUUUGACUACGUGGUUUUAUCCUUCAUCUUUCUCAACUGUAUCACUGUAGCUCUGGAGAGACCCAAGAUACUGCAGAGCAGCUUGGAAAGACUUUUCCUCACCGUCUCCAACUAUGUCUUCACAGCCAUAUUUGUGGCUGAGAUGACCGUCAAGGUGGUCUCUAAGGGUCUGUACCUGGGUGAGAAGGCCUAUCUGAAAAGCAGCUGGAACGUUCUGGAUGGUUUCCUGGUCUUCGUGUCGUUGAUUGACAUUGUUGUGUCCAUGGCGGGCGGGGCUAAGAUCCUGGGGGUGCUGAGAGUGCUCAGGCUGCUCAGGACACUACGCCCUCUCAGGGUGAUCAGUAGAGCUCCAGGCCUGAAGCUUGUGGUAGAGACUCUCAUCACGUCUCUGAAGCCUAUAGGAAACAUCGUCCUCAUCUGCUGCGCUUUCUUUAUCAUCUUCGGCAUCCUCGGUGUGCAGCUGUUCAAGGGGAAGUUUUACUACUGCCUGGGUCUAGAGGUGAAGAACAUCACCAACAAGUCUGACUGUCUCCAGGCCAACUACAGAUGGGUUCACCACAAAUACAACUUUGAUAACCUGGGACAGGCUCUGAUGUCUCUGUUUGUACUGGCAUCUAAAGACGGCUGGGUCAACAUCAUGUACCAUGGUCUGGAUGCGGUGGGCAUAGACCAACAGCCGUCUAUUAACAACAAUCCGUGGAUGCUCCUGUACUUCAUUUCCUUCCUCCUCAUCGUCAGUUUCUUCGUCCUCAACAUGUUUGUGGGCGUGGUGGUGGAGAACUUCCACAAGUGCAGACAGAACCAGGAAGUGGAGGAGGCCAAAAGGAGGGAGGAGAAACGACAGAGACGCAUGGAGAAGAAGAGGAGGAAGGCACAGAAGCUACCGUACUAUACCAACUAUAGUCAUGGUCGUCUGAUGAUCCACACUCUGUGUACCAGCCACUACCUGGACCUCUUCAUCACCUUCAUCAUCUGUAUCAAUGUCAUUACUAUGUCCCUGGAGCACUACAGCCAACCACAGUCAUUGGAGACGAGUCUGAAGUAUUGUAACUAUUUCUUCACCACAACCUUUGUGGUGGAAUCUGUCCUCAAGCUCAUCGGCUUCGGGUUCCGACGCUUCUUCAAGGACAGGUGGAACCAGCUGGACCUGUCCAUAGUGUUGUUGUCAGUGAUGGGCAUCAUUCUGGAGGAGAUUGACUACAAUGCUUCUCUACCCAUCAACCCAACCAUCAUCAGAAUCAUGAGGGUGCUGCGGAUAGCACGAGUUCUCAAGCUAUUGAAGAUGGCUACAGGAAUGAGAGCUCUUCUAGAUACAGUGGUUCAGGCUCUACCUCAGGUGGGGAACCUGGGCCUGCUGUUUAUGUUGCUGUUCUUCAUCUACGCUGCUCUGGGGGUGGAACUGUUUGGAGAGCUGGUGUGUAAUGCUGACUACCCGUGUGAGGGCAUGAGUCGGCAUGCCACCUUCGAGAACUUUGGCAUGGCCUUUCUCACCCUCUUCCAGGUCUCCACCGGAGACAACUGGAACGGCAUCAUGAAGGACACCCUGCGUGAGUGCCCUCCAGGACCCAGUGACUACCCGUGCCACGCUGGACUCCAGUUCAUCUCUCCCAUGUAUUUUGUCUCCUUCGUCCUCACCGCCCAGUUCGUACUCAUCAACGUGGUGGUGGCUGUGCUCAUGAAGCACCUGGACGACUCAAACAAAGAGGCCCAGGAGGAUGCUGAGAUGGAUGCAGAGAUUGAGCUGGAGCUAGCCCAGGGACAACUCCAACUACCCACCUGCUGCAUGGGGGGGCUGGGCACUGGGUCUUCAGGUGGAGGUGGAGGGUUGGAAGGAGGGACCAGGCAGAAGCUGUACUCACCUGCACAGGAGAGUCAGUGGUUGGACAGUGUAUCUCUGCUGAUAAAGGACUCAUUUGAAGGAGAGAUGCUGAUGAUUGACAACCUCUCUGGAUCUGUCUUCCAUCACUACUCCUCUACCUCUUCUCCUGUCUGGAAGGACUACAAGGUGAAUCUGCAAGAGAUCCGAUUGGCUGAGGUGGAGCAGGCGUCUCUGAUGUCAGAGCAGUUGUCUGACAAGUCAUCAUCACUGGCCCUUCCUGAUGAUCUUAGUCUGGACGACCACAGUGACUACCAGCUCCUGGUCAGGGACGGCAAGGAGGAGAGAGGGAGCAGUGACUCCCACAGUUCUGAGGAAUUGAGGGGGAUUCAGGCUGGGUGUGGAGGGCGUUGGGGGCACGGAGGUUCUCGACCCCACAGCAGAGGCCCUGAAGAUGGGGUAGGAUUCCUGCUAGAGGUGGGUGCCCAGCCCCAGUUCCAGAGCCAGUCUCUCCAGUUCCUCCACCACAACAGAGAUGGUGAUGGCCAUCACAGUGACCAGGUUGGCAGUGUCGGAUGUAGAGGUUCCUCCUCUCCUCUCUUCCAUCUCCCUGUGGAGUUCUUUCACCCCGCCACAGCCACAGCGGUCCCCCCACCCAUCCACAGGACGGGGGUAGACCCAGGGGGGAGAGAGGCAUCCAGGCUGCCAUCCCCAGCCUCCUGGUCCUCUUUGCGCUCCCCAGGGGCCAAUAGCAGUGUCCUAGACUCCCCAGGGGCCACCAGCAGAGUCCUAGACUCACAAGGGGCCAAAAGCAGGGUCCUAGACUCCUCAGGGGCCAACAGUAGGGUCCUAGUUUCCCAGCACCCGUCCCACAGUGACUCGUCCCUGGCCACAGGCAGCUCCGAGGGAAGCCUCCAGACCACCCUGGAGGAAGGUCUCAGCUUUAGCGUCUCCCCCCCUCGAGGAGACCUGGGACUCUCCCUGGCCCUGCCUCUCCUCUGCCCUCUCCCCCUCCCUCACCUCGACGAAACACGACAAACCCCCAGAUCGCUGGGUCACCCCUCAAUGAGAGGCCGCAGUACAGCAUUCAACCUCCAAGCCACUAGAGGGCACCAGAGGAGCCAGAGCAGCUGUGGCAGCAGCACCAGUCCAGGCUGCCCAAGGCAAGACUCUAUGGACCCUUCAGAUGACGAUUGUGGGAUAGGGAUGGGAGGCGAAGGAUCCAGUCAGGCUUUUAACAGCGAACGUUUAUCAGAGACACUUAGUAGUUUGUCUCUGACAUCACUGCUGUCACCUAGCUGCCUGGCACCCCCUCUGGUGAAAAAAUGUAAUAGCACUGGGAGUUUGGACCAGGCAAAUCUUUCUGUUAGGAGUAAAGAUGGACAACAGUACUAUGAGAUAGAUGCUCAUGGGUACCUCACCAACCCUUGGACUGAGAAGAGGGGUGGACAGGAAGGGAGAUGGGGUUUGGAGUUAAAGGUACGAGCCAGAUGA